CAAAGUGCUGAUUUUGCGUUUAAUAUUUUUGAUUGGUUUCGGUUAGAAUAGACACAAUUCAACAAAUUUGUCGGUAACUUGGCAACGCUGCCCGGAAAAGUAGUCAUAAUUCUCAGCGUGUACGAAAUUGAAGAGCUUUUACGUUUCACCACCACAUACCCCAUUAGCAGACUAGCAGAGUAAACUGUGCGUAUGUGAGCAAUGCCAGAACAACUACCACCACGUGGGCUACUUGGAUCUCUCAACACACAGCUCCAAAAAACCGACCGACUCCGAUGUUUCCUAGCUUCGACCCUGCGAUCCGAGUCCGAAUCCCCCAAACUCUCUCGCACUCUCUCUCGGUCGACCCGUUAUCUGUGUGAGUGUGGUCGGCUCCACCGACGACAUUCGCACGACGCCCCGACCGAGGGGCCGAGGGCGACGAGCGGCGGUGGGGAACCCCUACGGAACCUGCGAGGCCACUCCGUGUCGGACAGUUCGGUCUGAGUUUCGGUGCUGUGUGUGUUGAGAGCAAGGUUUCGUCGUUUCGUUUGUGGAGCUGUGUAGUUCUCGAGUGCGUCGUUUCGUUGUUGUUGUUGCGGUGUUUCUGUCCGCUCCACGUCGCACGGUGAAGAUCACCACACGCCAGCUACCGAUCCUACCGAGGUUGGUUGUGAACAGUGAAAAACUGCUGUGUGUUCAUAAAUUUUAAGCAACUUUUUGCUUCCCCCCCGCCUCGGGAAAACUUUUCUUCAACCUUCCUCACAAAAGUGUACUGAAAAGCUCCGUGAGUGGGCCGAGCGCGCGCGUGAGUUGUGCUUUAUUUUCCCGCCGUAAGUCAGUGUUUUUCCGUUAUCUGUAUACUCUCACUGCAAAGAAGAAGCAACUAAAAGCCCAACGAGUGACAACCGGCGUACGACGACGUGGUAGUGAGUGAGUGCUCCAUUUACAGGCAGCAGUGUUGUGAGUUACGAGAAGGAGGUGUGAAGAAAAAAGUUGUUAAGUUUUAAGUAAGAAAACAAAAACUAAGCUAACAAAAAGCAAGAUGGCGGCCUUCAUCGCGAAGCAAAUGGUUGGCAACCAGCUGAGUGCAGUUAAAGGAGCUGCCGGAGGCGCUGUUGGUGGAGAUGGCGGCGACGAUGAGACCGACAAAGAGAAGGAGGAGGAGGCCGAGCGCGAGCGCCAGGAGGCAAUCCGCGAGGCCGAGGAGCGACGAAAGGAGAAGCACCGCAAGAUGGAGGAGGAGCGGGAAAAGAUGCGACAGGAAAUCCGAGACAAAUAUAAAAUAAUGAAAAAGGAGGAAGUGGUCGAACAGGCACCGCAGGAAGAACCGAACCCGCUGAUGCGGAAAAAGAAAACGCCCGAGGAGCUGGCGGCCGAGGCGGAACAGGAGGAUCUGGACGACUUCACGAAUGGCGAUCCGUCAGCCGGUAAAGGAAAGUUGAAAAACUCCAUAGAAACGCAGGUGAACGAGAUCAAAACGCAGAUCGAGGGAAAAUGCUCCUUACAGUGAUUAUCCAUCAUCCGUAUUCAGCAGUAUAUUCAAUAAUAUUAAACUUAAUUUAAAACCAAGUGAAAAAGGAAUAAGAAAACAGCAGAAUGCAAAUAUUAUAGAAGAAAAAAAAACAAAAAUAGUAAUUAUUUAAUGAAAAACAUGAAAAAUAAGUACUUAAAAGAACACAUAUUUAAAUGUAAAGUUUUAAAUUAAACUUCAAAACAAGGAAAACAUAAGAGAACAAGAAUGGAGAGAACAGAAAAAAAACAUACAGUUUAAGCCUGCAUUAAUCACCAUCACGACCACCACCAAACCAACGACAGCAACAUCAUGUAAACACAGGAAACUUACCCAACCAAAUACAGGAGACAUGCACCGUAAAUAAAGCAUAGCAAAAAGUAAAACAAAGAAAAACAAAUGUAGUAAACAAAAAAACAACGCAAAACCCACACCACUGAUAGCGCGCGACACACACAUACGAAAAACACCCACACACUCACACAUGUGCAGCACAGCCUCCGUUUAGUGAAUCAUUUAGAACAGAAACACGCUCAUGUCAAAUCACUGAAAACAAGAACAAGAAAAUAGAAAGGAGUACAUUGUUAAAUAGGGACACCCAGGUGAAUCAACUGAUUAUAUUGACAGAAAUAAAAACAAAAACAAAAAACAACAUGUGAUUAUUAUUAAAAACUGAACAAAGCAUCCAUUGUUCACUCGAUGUUUCCAAAGAAAAGAGCGAGAAAUAAUAAGAUAAAAAAACAUUUAAGUUUGCAACGUUUUGUUCAGAAAGACAGCAAGAAAUGAAAUCGAGAAACUGGCAGUGAAAGGGUCAGAAAAUCAGUGACUAGUAUUGUGAUAAGCCGUCAAAAAGCACUUGGUGAAAAAAAGAAAACGAAAAUGUAAACAAACACGUGUGUGGAGAGGUUUAUGGACGACGAAACGAGCAAAAACAAAAACAAGUGAAAGAUUGUGAAAGUAGCAGGCGGAAAAUGGAAAAUAGGUUUUGCUUUAAAUUUGCGUUCCGUUUUCGGAUUUGUGCCGGUUUUUAAACGACGUUAGACGCGUUAUGUAACCUUGCCAAGUUGCCGCGCUAGAUGAAGUGAUCGAAAGAAAACGAAGAUUUAGAAAACUGCAAUGCAUUUUAGAGCAAAACUUAACAAAAGGUCGAAAAUUACAAAGCAAAUCUGUAGCGUUUAGAACAAUUCAAAUAUUUAGCUUGAAAUUUGUUGACAAUUUGGAGAGAAAUAAUGUUGUAAAAAUUAACGCCUUCGGCAUAAAAAAAAACUAAAUUGUAUCUAAAACAUUAGGUGAAUUACUCGUUUUUGAGUCAGAGCCAAGGUAUUCGAAGAAUGUUGAAAUUUGGUUGUUGUUUACGCAUAUUUGCUGUUACUUUCCGUUGGUCUAUUUUGAAGGCACCGAGCGAGAAAGUGCCACGUGGACAGAAGCGUGUAUCACAGAAAAGCAAUUGUUCAUCCAAAUUCCCGACAGUCCCAACCGAGGAGAGAAAAAGUGGUGUGAAUUUCAUGUUUUCCGUUCUUUCAAGUGCACUUUGAAAGUAAUUUCAAAUCAAAAUAUUUUUCAACUCUAUCGUUCUACUACUUGGCUUUAUUUGUCAGAAAGAAGUAGGAACCGUAACACUGAUUGCUCAUCUGUCAAACAUGUAAAUUUGACAGAUGAUCGGUUGUGAUCUCAACGCUCCGGUUCUUUUCUGCUUCAAUCCCUGUCAAAUUUAAAUGUCACUCAAAUUACUACUAUUUUCUCAUACGUGCUAAGAAAAUUUCCGUAACGAUUGCAGCAUUUCAGUUCAUUAUUCAAAGCUAGUUGAUAAACGUGAGCAAUAGUUGUCAAAACGACAGCGCGUCAGUAUCACAUGACGUGCUGUCAUUCUGACAAGAAUCAUCACUUUCGGCUAUGCCAACAAUCAAACGAAAAUUGCAUGACACUUAAAAUCUUUUAACACCACUUUUCAGCGAUUGUUUAACUAAAGACCCGCGAUAAACUAAUACCAUUCAACACUCACACCCAAACAAACAACUCUCUUUUUUCCUCUUCACUGAUUUCACUGAUAUUCUGUUCAAUGUUAAUGUCGCGCUCAUAGAUGUCGUGUCGCUAGUAGUAAAUGUAUUCAAUAAAAACAAACAAAAACAACAAUCUACUGACAAACGCCGCAAAAUGUCAAAUUGUUUCACCUGUUCUACGAAGUGUGCUGCAAUAGAGUCUCAAAUAGCAAACCAACAUAACAACACCCCUGCUGACAAAGAAAACAUAAACAAAGCAAACAUGUUUAUCUCUCUAUCCUAUCGUUAAAAUCCAUUGAUUAGUGAAAAGCAAGCAAAAAACGAAACAAAACAUUGAAUGAACUUAGCGAAAACUAAAAAAACAAACAAA